CAAAUUACUCUGUCAAACCAGGAGAAGUAGUUAGGACAGAAAUGAACAAGAUUUCUCCCUCCUUGGAGUCCCACGAGCACCUCAGAAACACAAUGUCCCAAUCUGAGCACAGCAUCUUUACUCCAAAAUCAACUCCUCAAGGUUCCCCAUCUCAGUAAUAACCUCUCAGGGCUAAGAGCCCGGGCACUUGGUCUGUCAGUCUCCUCUCUGUCAGCCAGUCGCUCAUCAAACACUGUCUAUUCUUUCUCCUGAAUACUGUUUAUAUCUGUCCCCCUUCUCCAGGUUCCUGACACAGCUCAGGUUUCAUUUUGUUUCACCUCAGUUAUUGCCCCAGUCACCUCCUUGAGCAUCCUUACCUCCAGCCCGCCCUGGCCCCAGGGGGAUGCUUCCAACAUCCAGGGCUGACACGCCCUCCCCUGUUCAAAUCUUUCCACACCCCACUCCACCCUGGCUAUAGGUAAUACCAGUCUGGCAUUCAAGGCCUUCAGGAUCUGACCCUGCCUACGAUCCCAGUCCCUGACACCCCUGCUGCAUAGAAGACCUCGGUAAAGAGCAAACGAAUUACUCCCAUAACGAAUCUCGCUGUCCCACCGACGGUCAUCCUGCUCCAGCCUGAGGAGAAUCACAAAUACAUAAAGACAUAACCCCUGGGAAAUCCCAGCAUCGUGCAACCCAUUUCCUGCACCUACACCCGCAAAAGCAAUCGGGAAGAGAUUGUAAGGGAGGGAACGGUCCCUCCGGAAGAGGGGCAAGGGCUAACCAGAACAGACGCACUCCUUGUCGGUGGGGAAAAGCCUUUUUGAUCUCUGCAGUGUCCACCCCAGAAUUCUGACCCACACCAAUCCCUGCUUCCUCAAAGGGCGUCUCGGCCCCCUUUCCCUCCCCCAUCCGAUGCUUGCAUCCCUCCUGGAAGGCAUCCGAGAGAACAGCUCUAGAACCCGGAGGUGAUACGAUGGUGACUCGAGAAAGAACCCAAGCAGAGCAGGAAUAGAGCGCAGCGGGAUUCCUAGGCCACCCCGCCCCCUAUCCUCUGCCCUGGGGCACGGCGGCCGCCUGGAGGUGGCUGGAAGGCUGGAGGACCCCACGUUUGGGGGGUUAGGAGAGGAACCGGAUCUCUCACCUCCCCUUCGGCUUCGGGAAGCCGGACCUGACCCCCAAAAUUCCCAGAGAAAGCGUAGCGGGCGCCCGGAGUCCCAGCCGCCGCCGCAGCGCCCCGCCCCACCUCGCGCGGCACGCCGGGAGUGGAAGUUCUCGGCCGCGUCGCGAGAACAGGCGGCCCGCGGGCUCAGACUACAACUCCCAGGAUGCAUUGCACCUCACAGCCCCGGGCGGGCCGUGGUUGCCCUAGGCAACAGAGUGGGUCUCCCCAGGGCGGGACUGGGAAGCGCUCGCCAGCUCGGGGAGGGACGGAGUGCGGCCAGAGAGGCGGAGACGCUGGUGGAGCGACGCAGGGGGGAAAGCGGGGGAGAAGGACAGGCCGGCGUUCCGAGAGACCCUCGCAAACCCGGAGAGAUGCGCAGAGAUUUCCAGAGCCAGAGAGACACGUGGGGAGAAGGACAGAGACUGAGUCGCAGAGAGACGUGGAGGGAGGGAGAGACCCCCAGAUAUAGAGAGAGAUUCAUAGAGCCAGAGAGAGUAGGAGAGAAGGGGACAAAGAUGGGGGUGGGGGAGACGGAGCAACUCGAACAUUGAGAGAAACCCCCGCGACGGAGGGAGAGAUUGACAGAGCCAGAGAGCGGAUCAGAGACAGGGACACAGGGAGAGAGAGAGGGAGAGACAGGAAGGAUUUAGAGAGACCCGCAGAGAGAGAGACAUAGAAGAGGAGAGACGGGGAGAGAGACAAACAGAGACUGAGUUUCAAAGAGAAAGACACAGAGAGAGGGACAGAUAGAGACCCACAGAGUCACAGCCUGAUUGAGCGAGAGAAAUAGAGAGAGUCACAGAGCUAGAGAGACAAAUAGAGAGGGAGAGAUUUAGGGGGGCGGAAGCACAAGAAUUUAUAAGACAUACAGGGAGAAACAGGGAGACUGAUUCACGGUGAGACAGAUAUCCAAUGAGAAAGAGAGACACCAAGACCCCAGAGGGUCGCCGGAUGAGUGACAGAUGGAGACACACAGCGAAGAAAACAGAGAAAUAGAAACAGAAAUUUCCAGAGACAAGGAAAGGAAUGCAGAUCUACCCAGAGACAGAAACAGACACAGAGAGCAAGCCAGGAACACAGGGAAUGAAACAGAGACCGGGACAAAAAGAUGCUCCCAGAGGGAGACAGAGACAUACACAUUCACAGAGGUCCAGAGAGAGAAGUCAAGACUCGGAGGGCAUCAGAGAAAGGGAGACACCAAGCCCCCCUGGGGGUCGCCACUGGAUCCCCAGCAGUGAAUACAAAGUUUGUGGAAUGAAACAGAGUGACACAGUCAGAGACACAGACAUCCGAGAGGGGUCGCAAUGGGCUAACAGGACCCACUGGGGCACCCUAGUGGGGAAGGAAGACGGGCCCGGGCGACAGAUUGCGGUGGGGGGAGGGCACGGCUCAGAGGAUGCCCCCUCCCUCCAGCCAGCCCCCGGAGUGGGUGUGCGCACGUGUGCUGGGGGGGAGGGCAUUUGUCCCGUGUUCAGGGAGGGGGACGCCUUUAAGCCGAAACCCCGCCCUUCGGUCGUCAUGGCAACGCCUCCCCCCAGCCGGGGCUCCCACAUUUCAGCAGGUGCCGGAGCUGGAGCUCCCAACGCCACCGCCCGUGCCUCCGGCUCUCCGCCCCACUUGCCCGCUCCCCCUGGCGGAGCGGGCGCGCCCCGGGCUGCCGCUCCCUGGCCCGCGCGCUCCGCUCCUGGAGGUGCCUCGCCCCUCUCCUUCCCACCCCGGAAUCUCCCGGGGGCUCAUUCGCUCUCCCGAGUCUCCGGCUCCUUCGUCCUUCCACCUGUUCCCUGAGAAAGGCAGGAUCCUGGUCCCUGCGACGUUCCUGGGGCCAUGUCAGGCCUCGGCCCUGGCGGAGGCGAUUCGGAGGGGGGACCCCGACCCCUGUUUUGCAGAAAGGGGGCUCUGAGGCAGAAGGUGGUCCACGAAGUCAAGAGCCACAAGUUCACCGCUCGCUUCUUCAAGCAGCCAACCUUCUGCAGCCACUGCACCGACUUCAUCUGGGGCAUUGGAAAACAGGGCCUGCAAUGUCAAGUCUGCAGCUUUGUGGUUCAUCGACGAUGCCACGAAUUUGUGACCUUCGAGUGUCCAGGCGCUGGGAAGGGCCCCCAGACGGACGAUCCCCGCAACAAGCACAAGUUCCGUCUGCACAGCUACAGCAGCCCCACCUUCUGCGACCACUGUGGCUCCCUGCUUUACGGGCUGGUGCACCAGGGCAUGAAAUGCUCCUGCUGCGAGAUGAACGUGCACCGGCGCUGUGUGCGCAGCGUGCCCUCUCUGUGCGGCGUAGACCACACGGAGCGCCGCGGGCGCCUGCAGCUGGAAAUCCGGGCUCCGACUGCCGAUGAGAUUCACGUCACGGUUGGUGAGGCCCGUAACCUCAUCCCCAUGGACCCCAAUGGUCUGUCUGAUCCCUAUGUGAAACUGAAGCUCAUCCCAGACCCUCGGAACUUGACAAAACAGAAGACCCGGACGGUGAAAGCCACGCUAAACCCCGUGUGGAACGAGACCUUUGUGUUCAACCUGAAGCCGGGGGAUGUGGAGCGCCGGCUCAGCGUCGAGGUGUGGGACUGGGACCGGACUUCCCGCAACGACUUCAUGGGUGCCAUGUCCUUCGGCGUCUCGGAGCUGCUCAAGGCGCCGGUGGACGGCUGGUACAAGUUACUGAACCAGGAGGAGGGCGAAUAUUACAAUGUGCCGGUGGCUGAUGCUGACAACUGCAGCCUCCUCCAGAAGUUUGAGGCCUGUAACUACCCCCUGGAACUGUAUGAGCGGGUGCGGAUGGGGCCGUCCUCCUCUCCCAUCCCCUCCCCAUCCCCUAGUCCCACGGACUCCAAGCGCUGUUUCUUCGGGGCAAGCCCUGGACGUCUGCACAUCUCCGACUUCAGCUUCCUCAUGGUUCUAGGAAAAGGCAGUUUUGGGAAGGUGAUGCUGGCUGAGCGCAGGGGCUCUGAUGAGCUCUACGCCAUCAAGAUCCUGAAGAAAGACGUGAUCGUCCAGGAUGACGACGUGGACUGCACCCUGGUGGAGAAACGCGUGCUGGCCCUCGGGGGCCGAGGCCCGGGAGGCCGACCCCACUUUCUCACCCAGCUCCACUCCACCUUCCAGACCCCGGAUCGCCUGUAUUUUGUGAUGGAGUAUGUCACCGGGGGCGACUUGAUGUACCACAUCCAGCAGCUGGGCAAGUUUAAGGAGCCCCACGCGGCGUUCUAUGCAGCGGAAAUUGCCAUCGGCCUCUUCUUCCUUCACAAUCAGGGCAUCAUUUACCGGGACCUGAAACUGGACAACGUGAUGCUGGAUGCCGAAGGACAUAUCAAAAUCACUGACUUUGGCAUGUGUAAGGAGAAUGUCUUCCCCGGGACCACCACCCGCACCUUCUGCGGGACCCCAGACUACAUAGCCCCCGAGAUCAUUGCCUACCAGCCCUAUGGGAAGUCUGUGGAUUGGUGGUCCUUUGGGGUUCUGUUGUAUGAGAUGUUGGCGGGACAGCCCCCCUUCGAUGGGGAGGAUGAGGAGGAGCUGUUUCAGGCCAUCAUGGAACAAACUGUCACCUACCCCAAGUCGCUUUCCCGGGAAGCCGUGGCCAUCUGCAAGGGGUUCCUAACCAAGCACCCCGCCAAGCGCCUGGGCUCAGGCCCAGACGGGGAACCCACCAUCCGUGCUCACGGCUUUUUCCGCUGGAUCGACUGGGAGCGGCUGGAACGAUUGGAGAUCGCGCCUCCAUUCAGACCCCGCCCGUGCGGCCGCAGCGGGGAGAACUUCGACAAGUUCUUCACACGGGCCGCGCCAGCGCUGACCCCUCCAGACCGCCUAGUUCUGGCCAGCAUUGACCAGGCAGAUUUCCAAGGCUUCACCUACGUUAACCCGGAUUUUGUGCACCCGGAUGCGCGCAGCCCCAUCAGCCCGACGCCGGUGCCAGUCAUGUAAUCUCACCUGCCGCCACUAGGUGUCCCCAUGGCUCCCUCCGCCGCGCCAGCCUCGGCCCCGACUCACUACCCCCUUUCCAGAUCUUGCUCCCCAGCCUUCUGGCCUCUGCCCCGUGGGCGCUAGAUGCCCCCCUCGCCCUCAAGCGUUCCUGGCAGUCUAACCUCCGUACAGUCUCUAGAGCCUUACCGUGUUCUAGAUUCUGCUGCUCUGAGCCCUAGAUUCUCACCCAUCUCGGAGUUCUGGACUCCGCCUCCACCAGCUUCCAGAACCACCACCACCACCACCUCACCUCCAUGGGGUUCUAGACACCAUCUUGGUAGAAUCUAUACCUCUCCUUCUUUUUUCUUCCUGGGAAACAGUCCCCUGGGGUGGGCUUUUCCAGACUCGGAUUCCAGAACAACCCUCCACCUUCGAGGGCCCGCCCAUCCCCGAGGCCCCGCGCACCCCACUCCUUUCUGGAGUAAGUGGGAGGCUGUGCCCCCGUGCUCCAGUGCCCCUCUUCCACGCUCUGGGGAUUCCUGGGAUGUAUGGAGGGUUCUUCCCCAAUUGUUCUCGUCAGCUUUUGUCCUACACUCCAUCCUGAACCCAUUGCUGCUCGCCUGCCAGGUGCAUGGCUCCAGUCCUGCUCCAACCCCACCCCCAACUGAACGCUG